AUGAUACUACUUGCGGAUCUUGCACUUCAGAAAGCGAUGCAGUAUCUUCAACUUCUCCAAACACUUGCUCACCUAAAUGUACAGAACGAAUUAGCGUUUGCGUUAUUUAAAAUAAUUUAAAAUUUUAAUUCCUAAUUUUUUAGAGGGCAAUGCACAGUUGGCUCAAACGGCUGCGCAACUUGCACAGAUGAUACUACUUGCGGGUCUUGCACUUCAGAAAGUGACGCAGUAUCUUCAACAUCUCCAAACACUUGCUCACCUAAAUGCACAGCUGGCUCAAAUGGCUGCGCAACUUGCUCAGAUGCUACUACUUGCGGGUCUUGCACUUCAGAAAGUGACGCAAUAUCUUCAACAUCUCCAAACACUUGCUCACCUAAAUGCACAGCUGGCUCAAAUGGCUGCGCAACUUGCACAGAUAGCACUACUUGCGGGUCUUGCACUUCAGAAAGCGAUAUAG